AUGAAGAGGAUGAAAAUUUUUUUAAAAUUUCAAAAUUAAUAAUAGAUUCUCAUAAACGUAUAGAGAAUUGUAUAAAUAAAAAUGAAUGAUAGUGGCAGUAGUAGCAAUGAAGAGAAUAAAACUGAACAAUUGAAAAAAUAGAAGAAGUUAGCAAAUUAAUUGAAAUAAUUAUUAGAAGAAGCAUGUAGAACAUUAUUGUUAGAUUUGAGAUUUAGUAGGUAGUAGAUAAAAGCACCAUUAUUCUGGAAAAAUUUCAAAUCAAAUAAAUCAAUAUAAAAUAGUAAGAUUGGCUUAAGAAUUUGAUGAUAUGUCACAUACAAAUGAAAUAUUUAAGAGGGCUGAUAAAGAACUUGUAGAUGUGAUGAAGGCUCUUGUUAUGAAUGCAAAAGAGGCUCUUUAUGCAUAUCCGAAUGCUCAUCUUAAAAUAUAAUUUAUCAACAAUUGGAAAUGGAAAAGUGAGAUUCUCUUUUAGAUACUUGGAGAGGAAAUGUAUCAGAGAAUUGGGAUCCAAAAAUAUCUACUUUACUUUAAGUAUUGGUAUCUACUUCAGCUAUAAUAAUAAGUGAGGAAGUAUAUUUCAAUAAAGCUAUAAUUUUAAUAGAAGUAAAUACAAAAGAAGCAGAAAGAAGAAUGAAGUUUAUUCAAAUAUUGUGAGAUAUUGCAACAUAAAAUAUGCUAUAAUAGAUUAAAUUAGAGAUCCUCCUAAAAUUAUUAGAAAAAUAUUUCUAUUUAAAAAAUUAAGAAAUCUUAUAGGAAUGUAAUAAAUGGAUUAAGUGUAACAAGUAAAAGAUAGCACGAUAAAAAAGCACACAACAUCAAAAGUCCAACAAGCAUUAUUAGAAUGUGGAACUAAGGGAAUUGUCAAAAGAUUUUCUAAAACUAGUUUAUGAAAUAAAUUAAGAUUUUAUUUUUAACACUGGCUUUCCUUAAACCCAAAGGAUAAAACAUUAAACAAAAUCGAUAUUGCCAAUUUGAAGUGCUAAUAAUAUUAGGAAAAGUUAAAGUACCUUUAUAUGAAAAUGGUGGAAGAGAGGUACAGACAAUUGAUUUUUGGAGAGUUUUGAAUAUAUGGUAUUUUUUCUAAAGAAUUAUUUCCUAUAAUAUGAAGAAAGAACUAAGGAAAGAGAGAGAAGGAUUUUCAGUAAAUAAAGGGAGUAUCAGAUUAUGUAGUGACCUUAGUUAAGUUUUGGGAUAGGAGAGGAUUGCCAUCAUGAAUCAUGAAUCAGGGAAAAUGCUGUAGUUAUCAUUAAAAGUAAUACAGAUGAUCGAUAACAGUAGGAGUUGAAAAGAAAAAAAUAAGGUAAUAGUUGAUAGCUUAAUAGACAUCUUAGGGUCUGAUUAUUUUAAUUAGGAGCAAAAGUAACAGAAAGAAAUGAAGAUGAAAUUAGCUGAGGCAUAAAAAGGUUAAGCGUUUAUUCAGAUAAUUUAUUUUUCAGAAAAAGUUUGUGAUAAAGUUUUUUAUAUGUGCAUUCCAUGUCCCCCUACUAGUUCUGAGAUCUGUAAGCUACUAUUAUUUCUGGUAAAUAAUAAUAACAGUUAAACAAUUCUCCUAGCAACCAGUAGGUUCUAAAAUAAAGUUUUUUUGAUAUAAGAUGAUACAGAAAUAGUUAAUGAUUGCAGAGAUUACAACAAGGUUCUAUAUAAUGUAUGACAUUCUAUAAUAUAGGGAUAAGCUUUAAGUACAGCUGCAAAAUAUUUAGAAGAUGAAUACUUAUAAUUCAUUUAUAUUUAAUCUUUUAUAUAAUUGCUUUGUAUUAUUUAAAUAUCGCUUUUUAAUAUAUAAUCGUGA